AUUCUUUUAGAUCGAAGUUAUUCAAUUUAAUAAUUCAAGAUAUAAUUUCACUGAUACUUGCGCCAUCUCUUAAAAAUGUAUGAUUAAAUGUGAACAGAAUUACUCAUAUUAAAAUUGGAAUAAAUUUUUUUUAUUGUGAUUUAUCGAAAAGUGCUGUGAUUAAUUUUAUAAUCCUUUUAUAGAAAAAAAUUCGUUUAAAGAUGUACUCCAUUUUUUAGAUGCAAUUUAUGCUAUUAUUCAGCCGUCAAGGAAAAUUACGUUUACAAAAAUGGUAUGUGGCUCAUCCUGAUAAAUUAAAGAAAAAAAUUACACGAGAAUUAAUUACUACAAUAUUGGCACGAAAACCAAAAAUGUCAAGUUUUUUAGAAUGGAAAGAUGUUAAGGUUGUCUAUAAAAGAUAUGCUAGUUUAUAUUUCUGUUGUGCAAUAGAACAAAAUGAUAAUGAACUAUUAACAUUAGAAAUUAUACAUCGUUAUGUUGAAUUAUUAGAUAAAUAUUUUGGAAGUGUUUGUGAAUUAGAUAUAAUUUUCAAUUUUGAGAAAGCAUACUUCAUCUUAGAUGAAUUAUUGGUUGGUGGUGAAAUUCAAGAAACUAGCAAAAAAAAUGUCCUAAAAGCCAUCGCAGCUCAGGAUUUACUACAGGAGGAUGAAGCUGUGGAAGGUGCCCUGCGGGAGAUAGGGCUUUUAUAGGUGCUGCGUUCUUGCAUGCCCUCCAUGGCCAAUCUGUCAACCUACAUGAAUCAAGAACUGGAGCAAACUCAUCCACUGCAUGAUGCCAUCAUACAUCUCUACUUUUUCUAUAGUUAUUGAACAUAAAUUUUUUACAUACCACUAAAAAUCCUUAUAAAUUUAAUAUUUGAAUAUUAGUAUAUUUUUUAUAGACGAGUGCUAUAAUAUAAUUAGA